AUGAUUCCCCUGGGUCUCCUUCUCGUGGUGGCUUUGGUCGAUUCAAAAUUGCAAAAUGUCACUGCGAGGGGCAGACUGACUUGUAAUGGAAAACCGCUCAGUGGGCAUGACAUAACUCUUUAUGAGUUUGAUUUGGGUGAGUCAGAAUUCUUGGCUGUGAAGUCUAGAAAGCUUCAAUCCUUUCCAGCCAGUCCAAACGACGCGCUCAACCGCACAAAAACCAACGCCAAUGGCGAAUUCAAAAUCUAUGGCGAAGAAGACGAGAAGCUCGCCAUCAACCCAUUCAUCCAAUUCCUACACACCUGCAACGUCGAAAAAGGUUGCAAAAAAGAGCAGCGAAUUUACAUCGGUCAUAAUUUCAUUGGUGGAAUCUGUGUGAUAAAUGUGGAUUUGGCAAGUGAUGAUAGAUAUGGCUUGAGAUUAUUGGACACGUGUCAUGUGGACAAGGAUGAGAAGGCGGAACAGACUAAAGAUCUAAGUGUUACUGGAUUUUUGAAGUGUUAUUCUUCUCCUCCUUCUGAUUCUUCUCAGACAUUGAAUGCAAUUGAUGUUCGACUUAUUUUACGAAGUAAUAUUACAGGACAAAAUGAGAUCAUCGCUUCAUCAAAAUCCGAUGGUUCAACUGGAUUUUUCAAAAUAUCCGUCGCUAAUCAAAACUUCAAAUAUGAGCCAUUUGUGGAAUUUGAGCAUUUCUGCAAAGGUGAGAAGAUCUGUGCGCGGCAUCGCGUGAAAUCCGAGUUCUUUGGGAAGACUUAUGAUAUGAGCAAUGUGGAUUUGAAGAAGUAUAGUGCAGAAGAAGAGGUUAAAUGUGAUGAGGGAAAAGAUCAGAAAAUUUGA